GAGAACAAAAUUGUGAUAUGGUUUUUAUGAAGCCAACUCAAAUUUUAAAAUGUUAUCUAUCCCAGAUUUAGCGACACAGAUUGUUGAUAAUUCCAUUAAACAGUCUACGGAUAUAAACUGUAGCACAAUUUUCGUUGUUGGAAACAAAUCCGUUGGUAAAUCAACGCUGCUAUACUCUUUCUUAGAUAAAACCGAUAAUCCCCGAGAAACUUUAAUACUUGAAUAUUUAUUUGGAAGAAAGUCUGUGCAAAAACAGGGAAUCGAUAAAAAUAUAUGUCAUGUUUGGGAAUAUGGCGGCAGCUUAAAUAUGUUGAAAAAUGUCCUUCCUUCCGUCCCAAUAAGAGGAAACUAUACAUACUGUAUAAUGUUAGAUUUGAGUAAGGUCAAACAUAUAUGGCACACACUGGAAACUUCAGUGAAAGCUUUUCAAGAUUCGAUUAUUAUCAAUGAAUUAAUUAAAAAACACUCUGAACUAAUAAUAAUUGGAGGAAAAUAUGAUAUUUUCAAGAACUAUGAUAUGGAAAUUAAAAAAGUUAUUUGUAAUUCAUUAAGGAGUGUAGCUGUACUGUUAAAAGGCAAUUUAAUUUUCUUCUCAUCUAAAGAACAACCUUUAGUGCGACGAGUGAAAGAGGUUUUUCAUGGCAUUGGCUUUGGGAACGGAUUUCCUGUUAAAGACAAAGUCUCAAAUUUUAAUAAACCAAUUUACAUUCCAAAAGGCUUGGAUUCAUGGGAAAACAUAGGAAUUGCACCAUCUACCAUGGAACAGAUCAAGGCGCGCCAUUUGUCUAUGGUUCCUUCGGAAACGGAAAUACAAAAAGUACCCUCCACCGGAACCGUUCAGGGAUCCACUAGCACCUACGCAGAACCCAUGUUGGACAAUCUGGUUAAACUCAAGUAUAAUGACCUGAGGAAUUUAAGUUCGCUCGAUGUAUCUAUGAACAUUGACUUUUACAAUGAAUCUUGAGUAUGAUACCUAUAAGCUAAUUCAGCUAUAAACUAUUAGUAGUAACUUAGUUAGUCAGAUUUUGUACGUUGAAAAUUCGUAUUAAAAGCUAUAAAAAAAUCCA